UUGUUGGCAUACUUGGAUCAGGAUUCGGGUACCCAGUAUAGCUAUCACACCAUACCUAAGCCAUUAGAAGGUACUACGUUACUGCGCUAUGUAUAUUGGGCAUUCGUUCCAUGCAUUGCUGCAUUCCAGUAUUGCAGGCCAGUGAUCAGUAUUGAUGGAACUCAUUUAUAUGGUAAAUACAAAGGGGUAUUGAUGAUUGCAAUGGCAACGGAUGCUAAUCAAAAGGUUUUGCCUAUCGCCUUUGCUGUUGUGGAUAAGGAGUCAGGGGCUAGUUGGGGGUGGUUUUUAGAGUGUCUCAGGACUUCGAUAGAGCGUGUUAUUGAAAACAAGGACAUUUGCAUUAUUUCUGACCGACAUAAAGGUAUCAAAUGCGCCAUUCGAGAGUGGCCUAGAGGGCAAGACGGAAGAGAACAGGUAUAUCAUCGAUAUUGCCUUCGACAUGUUGCUAGCAACUUCAACACACACUUUGAUAACCCGACUCUAAAGGCAUUGGCCUUGAAAGCUGGAUAUGCGACUCAUGAUGCUAAAUUUGUGUCCAUAAUGCAAACCAUUAAAGAGGCCGAGAUUAAUUUACUGAGGGGUGUAGACCCUACUGAUCGCCGGAUUAUACGUUAUAUGCCAUACACAUAUCUAAUGAGUGAGGAUGUAGACAAAUGGACCCAGUCACAUGAUGGUGGAAGACGUUACGGGGCAAUGACAACCAAUAUCUCUGAGUGCUUUAAUGGGGUUCUUAAAGGUGCCAGCGGUUUGCCCAUUGCUGCAAUGGUUGAGUUCACUUUUUUUAAAUUUGUUGCAUAUUUCCACGAUCGACAUAAACAAAUUACUUCUGAUCUCUCUCGAGGUAAGGUGUGGAGUGAUUAUGCAAUGGAGAUCUAUAACAAAAAUGAGCAGAAAAUUGCAGGACACACUCUGAGGAAUUAUAAUCAUGCAGAGGGUAUAUAUCAAGUGGUUACCCCGUAUAACGACCAUAGAGUUGGAGGGGGAAAUCACAGUCAUGAUGUGCGCAUAUUUGAUAGAACAUGUGGUUGUGGAAAGUGGCAAAACUUGAAGAUCCCUUGUUCACAUGCAAUUAAAGUUCUUAAAGGUCUGCAUCUCGAUGCGCCUAGCUAUAUUGACCCAUGUUACAGUCUGAACAACGCCAUUCUCACAUAUUCACAUAAUUUUGUGGUGCCAAAGUCAGAGUCAUUAUGGACAGACGUUCGCGGACCACGGUGGGUGCCUGACCCACAAUUGUUGCGGGCCAAAGGUCGUCCUACGAUGUCAAGAAUAAGGAAUGAAAUGGAUGGGGUACGGCGAGAACGGGGAAGCCGGAGGGAAGAUCCAGAGUUGAGGGAGAUUCAACCGAGGCAACGAUGUAGAGUGUGUCAUCAAGAGGGGCAUAACCGUAGAUGCUGUCCCAAUUCCCAUGGGGCUUCGACAAGUGGUAGUGCUAUGAACUAGGCAAGCGGAGACUUGAUUUUCGUAAGUGACAUUGUACGUGGGACUUGUCGUGAUCUUCUGUAUGGACAAGCUAGGUGAUUAUGUAGAGUAUGUUGUAUCAGUAUGGACAAGUGUUAGGUGAAUAUGUAUAAUAUGUUAUAUCAGUAUGGAGCUUCCGCUAGGCGAAUAUGUAGACUAUGUUGUAUUAACUUAGUUGUUAUUUUGUUUAUUGUUGUAAAUUACGGAUAAUUGAACUAUUUGCUAUCCAUUUUACUCGUUACAUUAGUUGCGUGAUGCAGCUUUUUCCUAUAAUACGAACAAUGAUAUUA